AUUAAAUUACAUAUUGAUAAUUUGUGAAUCAAAUUUCAUUGAAGAUAACAAUUUUAUAUAAAAAGGGAAUAAUUUCAGUUGUUCUUCACUUUUAUUAAGUAGUUGCCAUUAAAAAUGUUUAAAUUUCUUUGCUUCGUUAGUUUUUUCGUCCUCGCUAGUGCGAGUCCAUUCCUUCGACUCGAUGGAAAAAUUGUUGGCGGUGACGAGAUAGACAUCACAAAUGCACCAUAUCAAGUGAGUUUAUAUAUGAGAGGAAACUUUUUUUGCGGUGGUUCUAUAAUUUCGGAAAAUUAUAUUCUCACCGCUGGACAUUGCUCAAGAUAUAAUACUGAUGCAUAUACAAUUAGAGCUGGUUCAAGUUAUAUUUAUAAAAAUGGUAGCGAACAUAAUGUAAUUGAAGUUAUCAAUCAUGAAAACUUUGGUACAAUUGAUGGAAUUUUGGCUAAUGAUAUUGCACUAAUGAAAGUUGAUCCACCAUUUCAAUUGGACGCAACUCGUCAAACAAUUAAACUUAUGGGCAAAGGAAAAACAUUAGCAGCUGGUCUUAAUGGUUUAGUUUCCGGUUGGGGAAGACUCACUGAAGGUGGAUUAGCACCAAGAAAAUUACAAGGUGUUAUUGUGCCACUUAUUAGUAAAAAAUCAUGCCAACAACAAUAUUCAUUUAUGGGUAGAAUUCCUGAUGGACAAAUUUGUGCCGCAUUACCACAAGGCGGUAAAGAUGCAUGCCAAGGUGAUUCUGGUGGUCCUUAUGUUGUUGGAAAUUCUCUUGCUGGUAUUGUUUCAUGGGGUGUAGGUUGUGCAAGACCAAAAAUGCCUGGUGUUUAUACUGAAGUUUCACAUUACAGAGAUUGGAUCGAAAAACAUUCUGGACUAUAAGAAAACUUAAGAAAAAAAAAAAAAAAAAGAAAAAACAAUACCAAAGUAUAAAUUUCAAGUACAAAAUUUGAAGAGCAUUUAGAUUUUCUUCAAUUAAGAUUAUAAUUUUAAAUUAAGUUUAGUCACUAGUGUAAAAAAAUCAAAUUUCUGUAAAUAAAUUUUCAAUAAAAAUUAUUAUAAUUGUA